AUGAUUAAUUGCCAUAAUGAACACCAUUACGCGGUAGAGAACCCCCACUGUGUAAAAGAAACGCACGUCCAGAGAAGGUUUCACUUCAACGUUUGGAUGAGGAUUGUAGACGAUACGAUUAUCGGACCGUACUUUUUCCCUGAAAUUGUCAAUGUCACGGCAGAAGUAUAUUCCGCGUUUCUGGAGGAAACACUGCCCGGUUUGUUGGAAGAUGUUCCAUUACACAUCCGCCCAAACAUCAUCUUCCAACAAGACGGCCAUCCAGCCCAUACUUCCGUUCUCGCCCGUACGAUUUUGAAUCGUCGAUUUACGAAAAAGUGGAUAGGCAUUCACAGUGAUCUGCACGAGUGGCCACCGCGAUCACCUGAUCUCAGGCCUCUGGACUUUUUUGCAUGGGGUUUUAUACGGGAUCAGGAGCAGCAAUCACCGGCGUACUUGCCAGGCAUUAGCGGCUUUGCGCCUCUCGAUAAAAACUUUGAAAAAACAUCUCUAAGUAACGACGAGUCGGAGUAUUCGGAGUGCGGUAGCAGCAGCGACAAUUUGCAGGACGACGUGGAACACUUUGCGGUAAUGGCGACGAUAGGAAAAUUAUCCGAGUUCAACGCGGGAAACGAAAUUUGGAGCAGCUACAUCGAGAGGUUCGAAUUUUUCACGGAAGCAAACAGGAUAACAACAGAUAGCGGUAAACGUUGUACGUUGCUUACGGCGGUGGGGGCGAAAACUUAUGAGACAAUUAAAAAUCUCAUUGCUCCGGAAACGCCGAGCUCGCACGAGUUUGUUUUCAAAAACGUGAUCAAAAACAGGGCGAGAAUCUGCUGGAGUUCGAGCGCGAAAUUCGGUGGUACAGAAGAAAAACUCCCUUUAGACAUGAUGCUGCGCGACCGGUUCGUGGCGGGGAUCCGUGACGAGGAAUUGCAGCGUUACCUGUGCAGACGACACGAAAAAACCCUGACAAAGGACAAUAAGGUCGGUCUGACAUUAUCCAAAGCUCUCGAAAUUAGGAGUAGUAUCGAAGGAACGGAGUUACUUCAAAAAAUGCUAAAAAAUCCGAUGCGCAGUCAGAUAGAUUGGGAUACUGAUUCGAGCGACGGAACAACGAUUUAUUCGAUUCACGGGAAAAAGAAGAUCCAUUCGACGAGCUCGAAAUAUAGGACGAAAUUGAAGCUUAAUUCUGUGAAAAUAGAAAUGGAAAUAGACAAUGGUGCCGACAAAUCGUUGAUAAAUCGAUCGAGUUUUGAAUUGAUCUGUGCAAACAAAAAUCCGGCUUGGAGUUCGAGAUUACCGAAUCUAAAAGCGUGGGGUAAGCGGCCGAUUAAGACAUUGGGAAUCGCUAUGGUCGACGAAGCAGCAAGAUACGAGGAACUUCUGGGAAAAUAUCCUGGAGUGCUGCAAAAGGAUCUUUCUAGACACUCGGGGACUCUGAUCAACAUCGAGCUGAAAGCGGAGCACAUACCAAAGUUUUUCAAGGCCAGGAGAGUGCCGUACGGGCUUAUUGAGCCGGUAAAUAAAGCGCUAGCGGAGAUGGUCGAACAAGGAAUGCUGACACCGGUCAAUCAAUCGGACUGGGCCACACCGGCGUUGUUUGUUAGGAAGCCAAACGGGACAAUUAGGGUGGUCGGCGAUUAUAAGGUAACAGUAAACCCUUACAUUCGAGAAUCCGAGUACCAAAUACCAACCGUGGAGGAGGCAAUGACGUCACUUAACGGCGGUAAAAUUUUCUCGCAAAUUGAUUUGAAAAACGCAUACAAGCAGCUUCGUGUGGAUGAAAAAACAGCAAAAAUUUUCACGAUCAGUACGCCACAUAGAUUGUUUAAUGUUAUCGUGCUUGUAGAUGGACUGAAUAUUGCACCUCGUAUCUUUCAAAAAUUUAUGGUGUCGCGACUACAGGGGAUCUCAGGAAUCUUGAUAUAUUUGGACAACAUCAAAAUCCAAGGCCGAAAUAAGGAAGAGCACGACAUUAGGCUGGAGAAAGUGCUUGAAAGGCUUAACGAAGCCAACUUGCGCAUCAACCGGAAGAAAUGUACGUUCGGAGUUUGUUCAAUGGAAUUUUUGGGUUACCAAAUAUCGGAAAAAGGAAUCCAGCCGUUGAAAGCGAAACUGGAUGCCAUUACCAAGAUGCCGGAGCCGGGAUGCGUAAGAGACCUACAGGUAUUUUUGGGCGGUAUAAACUUCUACGGGAGGUGUAUAAAAGAUCGAGCAAAAAUCGCUGAACCUCUUCAUCGAUUGCCGGACAGCACGGCAGAAUGGGAGUGGACGGAGAUACAUAAAAAGGCAAUUCAAGAAUGA